AUGGCGUCGAAUGCAGCAGUGCCGUUUUGGAGGUCCGCUGGCAUGACUUACAUAACAUACUCCAACCUCUGUGCCAAUCUUGUCAGGCAAUGUCUUAAAGAGCCAUACAAGACUGAAGCUCUCUCGAGGGAAAAGGUUCAUUUUUCUCUUUCCAAGUUUGUCGAUGGAAAUCCUCAGAAACCAGUUAUUCGUUCAGAUUCUCCUACAGAAUGA